AAAAAGAGGAAAAUUUGGGAAUUGGGAGAUUGUGAAGGUUGAAGCGGGAGAAUGGAGAGAGAAUUGAGAAUUUGUUCAGCAGGAGAUGAAAAAUCUAAGAAAAUUUAAAAAAAAUAUAUAAAAUUUAAAUAUAUAUGGUGGCAUGUUUGGAGGGAGGCUUGGUGCCUCUUAACCAUUUUCCAUUCCUCUAUUGCCUACAAACUAUUUUGACCUUUUGAAUUCUAAGCCUUUUCUUCUAAAACCCUAGCCGGGAUGCUUCUCCGGCGUCUUCUCUGGGAAACCCCUAAAUCUUCACCAUUUUCGCGCGCUUUGUCCACCCAAAUCUCGCUCGGCGCCACCACGCCGGCGGAGACCCCGAGCAUGUCGAAGUACGACAAGCUCAUUGACAGCGCCGGCCGGGAAGGAGACUUCGACACCGUCAAACGUCUCCUCGAGAAGCGUGGCAGAGACGGCCUUUUCAACACCUGCCGGACCUUCAAGUUCAUCUGGAAUGACAUCUCCAUGCUCGACGAUCUCCUAGCCGCCCUCGCCGGCAUCAAUCAUCGAUUCGCCCGGGAGAGCGCACACAAUUGCCUCAUCGCUCGCCUCUCGAGGCUCCGGCACACGCCACAGGCCCUGCGCGUGGCGGAGACCGCCGUGCGUAGUGGAUUCUGUUCGAGCUCCACCACGUUCCACCCUAUACUCAUAGAGCACACAAAGAGGAGGAAUUUCGAGGAGGCCUGGCGCGUAGUUGGGGCGAUGAAGGCCUUGAGUGUCCGGCCGGACAUCACAACCUACAAUUACUUGCUCACCGGAUACUGCUGCGUCGGAGAUCUGGAGAAGGCUGCCGGAAUUCUAACAAAUUUGGCGGAGGAGAAGGUGGAACCGGACGACAGGACCUAUGACGCGCUGGUUUUGGGCGCGUGCAGGGUGGGGAAAGUAGAUUCAGCACUGAAGGUUUUGAGAAGAAUGAAGGAGGAAGGGAUUGCACCGCUGUAUUCGACUCAUGCUCAUGUGAUUGGGGCAAUGGUGCGGUUGGGCUUCCACAAGCAGGCAUUUCAGUAUGUAAUGGCGUGUGCAGGGAGAGACGAGCAAUUGUACAGCGCGAAUUUUGGGGAAUUGGGGAGGAAGAUGAUUCGACGGAGGAGGUACGAAGAUGUGAAGGUGGUUUUGAAGGAGAUGAGGAAAAGGGGGCUAGAAAUGGGAGAUGAAUUGAGGGGGUUUUGUGAAUGGAAUGCCAUUGAUGAGGAUGAUGUUGAGUUUCAUUCCAGGGAUAAGGUUGCGAAUGGGGAGCGACAAUAUGGCGGACGACUACCUACAGAUGUGGCCCAAAGAUGAAUUGCCGGACAUCAAUCUCUUUGUUCCUGAGCUUGCACAAGGCACUAAUAUCUUGAUCUCCAGUCUCUUUAGCUCCUCCCCCUAUUUUAACAAACAAUGGGCUUAGAUUACACUCCUUUAAAGCUGUUUCUCUCUGCUCGUUUGGUAAGAAUUUAAAAUAUUCUCGUAUUUAUUAGGUUUUAGAGUGAGUUUUUUUAAUGAAUUUCAAAUAGUGAGUUAUAUAUGAUAGAUCAUUCUCUUUGAUCUGUUCUUAGCUCCAGAGAUGUUUUGGACUUAUAUUGAACUUGGGUACCGGAUCAACGAAUGUCUAGAGGUUCAUCGCUAAGGAUUUUCUUUUGAAAAAGCCAAUCGAACCUCUUGCUCCAGACAUUCUUCGAUCCGGCAUCUAAGUUCAAUACAAGUCCAGGACAUCUCUGAAGCAGAGGGGAACAACUUUGAAGGAUGUCAUCGAAGCCUAUUGUUAAAACAGGGGGAGCUGAAAGACCUGGGAGAUUAGUGCCUUGUGCAGCCUCAAGAACAAAGAGAUUGAUUUCCGGCAAUUCAUCUUCGGACAAAGAGAUCGAUGUCUGGCAAUUCAUCUUCGGACGAGAUCUGUAGGUAGUCGUCUGCGAUAUUAAUAAAAAAAAACAUCCUAUUACCCAUUCAGCAUUGCUUAAUAUGUUACAUAAAUUCCUCUCAACCAGUUGCAAAGCCUCUUCGGGACCGUCCUCUAGUCAAAAUCUACAGUACUAUUGAGGUUUUGAUUUUGCUAGAGAAUCCUCCUAUUUAAAACAACAGCAGGAAAAAUUGUGCGGGAACAGUUAGACGAUUAUACUGUACCCAACCUCCCACAAUCUCAUGCACGAUUAGCAACAGUGGCAGACAUGAUCUCUAAAGCUCUGGAUCUCCUACGAUCUCUUCUGUCCGAUUCGAGAGAGGUUUUCUUCUUCCGUCAAAUUCCAGAGAGAGGGAGUAACAAUGAUGACAAUGCUGACAACGACAUGCUAGGGUUUUGACCCUACCACAAUUGACAAUUAAAUCCAGAAUUCCAGACAAUAUCUAUAAACGAUGAUGCAACAUAGGGGAACCGAUUCAAUGAUAUUACGGAAGAAGGGCAUCUCAACUUCUACAGAUCUUUCCAGUGGCAAUAGUGUCAUCUUCAGUCGAAAGUGAUUCUUCAGCACCUACUCAUGGCUUCUCCUCUUUAGACCCUUCCGUUUCGAUUUUUGCUACAAUUGAAGACAUGAAGCAGUACUUGCCUAUCACCUUUUAGUGUAGCAGAUAUGGUGACACCAUUUCAUAUGGUAAGGGUUGCACUCCAUUGCAGUUGAGAGUAGAUCAUGGUCAUAAGGAGAUCACGUAGCUUCUUGUUAGCCAGGAUGCAAAUAUAAAUGAAAAAAAAUCAAUACGAGUAUUUGAUAACUCACUCCGACCUCUUAUUUAAUGCAGGUGUACAUAAUAUAUCCUCCGUACCAUGUAAACGAUUCCUUCUUUGUAUUUCUUUCCCUCGGAUUAUUUUAACGGUAGAAUCCUUCUGAUACAAAAUGUAUGAGACAUGACGAUGUUAAAACAUGAUUGCCUUGGGCAACAAAGGCUUGAUUAGAUU